GAGGAGAGGGAGGAGGACUCGGGGGCGCGGAGAGGGGCUCCCGAGCUCGGGCUGCACCGCCGCACAACCUCCCUCCAGCCCGGCGGGCGGGCGAGCGGCAGAGCGCUGACAGGCGCCGUCCCGAGCUGCCGCGGGCGGGCGCCGCCACUGCUCGGCGCGCCGCGUCCCCGCCUCCCCGCCGACGGCACCGGAGAAAGGGGGUCCAAUCGCCCCCAUCCCCAAACCUUAAAGCCUUGUGGAUUACAAAGUGAAACUGACCCGGGACCGUAAAAAGCAAAGAGCACCGGGGCAGGCAGGGAGGAGGCGCGCUAGCGGGGGCUCUGCCGGGGCCGCCCCGACCACGGUCUCCCCCUCGGCAUGCGGAGGGGAGGGGACGCGGGGACCGCACGCCGCCGCUGCUGCCGCCGCCGCCGGACCCCCCGCGAGGCCGCGAAGACCGGGGAACGACCUGCGCUCGCUGUGGAUGUACAAAUAACGGGCCGGCAGGCAGGCAGGCAGGCGGGGCUCCGGCUGAAGUGAAAUAAAACCAUGCCGAGGAGCGCGGCGGGACGGUGCCUGCGCCGGCUGCUGGGGCGGCGGCCGCGGCUGCCGGAGGAGGAGGAGGCGGCGGCGGAGCGCUCGCGGGCACCGGAGCCCUAGCGCCCGCACCGGGAGCGCCGUCCGCCCGCCGCCCCGGGCGCCUGGGGCCUCGCAGCGGCUCGUGCAGCCCCGCGGAGAGGCGUUCCUGGCGCGCUGGGGGGGCUCGCGGAGACCUCUGGGGGUCGACUCCAGCCUUUAGGGGAGGCAUUCGCUCACCUCCCGCCCCUCCCUGCACGCAGCCGUCCUCUGCCCGCGGCGCCACCCGCGUCGGUGCUCCCCUCCUCCGUCCGCGUCUUGGCCGCGGGGCGAGCUGCAAAGUUUCUGGAGAGUGUUUGCAGCGGUGGCUCCUACACCUUAGACACGGGCCACCUCUCCCAGCUCGUAGCCGCCUGGGGAGGACGCUCAGAGCCUCCAGACUCAGAACCAGCCUGAAGGGGGGGAAAUCCUGAGGUUUGAGAAACUUUUUUUUGGAACUCAGCAGCGCUCUGGAGCGCCCCGCGGAAUGCCCGACCGCCUCUCGCCCCCGCUUCUCUACGCGGCUACCUGGAUGGAGCCUUUCGCUGAGACUUGCUUCUGCUGGGCUGGAGGCUCCUUGAAAUAACAGAACUCUCCUCCCCGGACCAUCCGUUGCAUUUGCCGGGAUCCUCCAUCCCCCCGGCCGUUUGCAUUUUUGUUGCCUCUCCUAUUCCUCCUAUUGAUCGCGCCACUCCAGGGAGCCGCGAUCAUGGACUUGACCACACGCCGGGCUGCUGGCCGCGCCGCCGCCGCCGCCGGGCUCCCGCUGCCCACCACCCCCUCGACCCUGCAGCUCCUGCGCCUCGUCCUCGGGCUGCUGCUGUGCCUGCUCCCCGGACCGGCCCCGGUCGGCGGGGCCGAGCAGCGCCAGGUGUUCCAGGUGCUGGAGGAGCAGCCGCCCGGCACGCUGGUGGGCACCAUCCAGACGCGCCCGGGCUUCACCUACCGGCUCAGCGAGAGCCACGCCCUGUUCGCCAUCAACGGCAGCACGGGGACCCUGUACACCACGGCCACCAUCGACCGCGAGAGCCUGCCCAGCGACGUGAUCAACCUGGUGGUCCUGUCCAGCUCUCCCACCUACCCCACCGAGGUGCGCGUGCUGGUGUGGGACCUCAACGACAACGCGCCCGUCUUCCCGGACCCGUCCAUCGUGGUGGCCUUCAAGGAGGACAGCGGCAGCGGGCGCCAGGUCAUCCUGGACACGGCCACGGACGCGGACACCGGCUCCAACGGCGUGGACCACCACUCCUACCGCAUCGUGCAGGGCAACGAGGAGGGCCGCUUCCGCCUGGACGUGACCCUCAACCCGAGCGGCGAGGGCGCCUUCCUGCACCUGGUGUCCGAGGGCGGGCUGGACCGCGAGCUCACGCCGCAGUACCAGCUGCUGGUGGAGGUGAAGGACAAGGGCGAGCCCCAGCGGCGGGGCUACCUGCAGGUGAACGUGACGGUGCAGGACAUCAACGACAACCCCCCGGUGUUCAGCAGCUCCCGCUACCAGGCCGGGGUGCCCGAGGACGCGGCCGUGGGCGCUAGCGUCCUGCAGGUGGCGGCGGCGGACGCGGACGAGGGCACCAACGCGGACAUCCGCUACCGGCUGCAGGACGAGGGCACCCCCUUCCAGAUGGACCCCGAGACGGGGCUCAUCACGGUGAGGGAGCCCCUGGACUUCGAGGCGCGGCGCCAGUACUCCCUGACGGUGCAGGCGCUGGACCGGGGCGUGCCCUCGCUCACCGGGCGCGCCGAGGCGCUCAUCCAGCUCCUGGACGUCAACGACAACGACCCGGUGGUGAAGUUCCGCUACUUCCCCGCCACCUCGCGCUACGCCUCGGUGGACGAGAACGCCCAGGUGGGCACCGUGGUGGCCCUGCUCACCGUGACGGACGCGGACUCCCCCGCGGCCAACGGCAACAUCUCUGUGCAGAUCCUCGCUGGCAACGAGCAGCGCCACUUUGAGGUGCAGAGCAGCAAGGUGCCCAACCUGAGCCUCAUCAAGGUGGCCAGCGCCCUGGACCGGGAGCGCAUCCCUUCCUACAACCUCACGGUGUCCGUCUCGGAUAACGCCGGGGCGCCCCCUGCCGCGGCGGGCCGGGCGCGCUCCUCCGUGGCCAGCCUGGUGAUCUUCGUCAAUGACAUCAACGACCACCCUCCGGUCUUCGCCCAGCAAGUGUACAGAGUGAACCUGAGCGAGGAGGCGCCCCCGGGAAGCUACGUGAGUGGAGUGUCCGCCACGGACGGUGACUCCGGUCUCAAUGCUAAUUUGCGUUACAGCAUCGUCUCUGGCAAUGAGCUAGGCUGGUUCCAUAUCAGUGACCAUAGCGGCCUGGUGACCACCGGGGCUGCUGGGGGCUUGGACCGGGAAGUUGCUUCCCAGAUUGUGCUGAAUAUUAGUGCUCGGGACCAGGGCGUUCACCCCAAGGUCUCCUACGCCCAGCUGGUAGUCACUCUCCUGGAUGUGAAUGAUGAAAAGCCUGUGUUUAGCCAGCCAGAAGGGUAUGAGGUGUCUGUGGUUGAGAACUCCCCCACAGGGACAGAACUGCUGGUGCUCAGGGCGACGGAUGGGGACCUGGGUGACAAUGGGACGGUGCGUUUCUCCCUACAAGAGGCUGAGAAUGACCAGAGGUCUUUCCGGCUGGAUCCGGUGUCCGGGAGGCUGAGUACUAUCUCCUCCUUGGACAGAGAGGAGCAAUCCUUCUACUCCCUGUUGGUUCUGGCCACCGAUCUGGGCUCCCCUCCCCAGUCCUCAGUGGCUCGCAUAAAUGUGAGCCUCCUGGAUAUGAAUGACAACAGCCCUGUGUUCUACCCAGUCCAGUACUUUGCUCAUAUUCAGGAGAAUGAGCCCGGAGGUAGCUACAUCACCACAGUGUCUGCCACGGACCCGGACUUGGGUCUCAACGGAACUAUCAAAUAUAGCAUAUCAGCUGGCGACAGGUCUCGGUUUCAGGUCAAUGCUCAGAGUGGGGUUAUUUCUACAAGAAUGGCCCUAGACAGAGAAGAAAGGACAGCUUACCAACUACAAGUAGUGGCUAUGGAUGGUGGCAAUUUACAGUCUCCCAACCAGGCAGUAGUAACCAUCACCGUACUGGACACUCAGGACAACCCACCUGUGUUCAGUCAGGCUGCCUAUAGCUUCGUGGUCUUUGAGAAUGUGGCUCUGGGAUAUCAUGUGGGUAGUGUGUCUGCUUCCACCAUGGAUCUCAAUUCCAACAUCAGUUAUCUCAUUACUACUGGGGAUCAGAAAGGUAUGUUUGCUAUCAACCAGGUCACUGGGCAGCUCACCACAGGGAGUGUGAUUGACAGAGAAGAGCAGUCCUUUUAUCAGCUGAAGGUAGUGGCCAGCGGGGGCACAGUGACCGGAGACACUCUGGUUAAUAUAACUGUUAAGGAUUUGAAUGACAACUCCCCCCACUUCCUGCAGGCAGUAGAGAGUGUGAAUGUGGUGGAGAACUGGCAGGCUGGUCACAGCAUUUUCCAAGCCAAAGCUGUGGACCCUGACGAAGGUGUGAAUGGCAUGGUACACUAUAGCCUGAAGCAGAACCCCAAGAAUCUCUUUACUAUCAAUGAAAAGGAUGGGCACGUUAGUCUGCUAGGGCCCCUGGAUGUCCAUGCUGGUUCCUACCAGCUAGAGAUCUUGGCAUCUGAUAUGGGUGUUCCACAGCUCUCUUCUAGUGUCAUCUUAACGGUGUAUGUCCAUGAUGUGAAUGACAACCCGCCAGUAUUUGACCAGCUCUCUUACGAGGUCACCCUUUCUGAGUCAGAACCUGUGAAUUCUCGAUUCUUUAAAGUGCAAGCUUUUGAUAAGGACUCAGGAGCAAACGGUGAAAUUGCGUACAGCAUUGCUGAAGGAAAUACAGGGGAUGCUUUUGGCAUAUUCCCAGAUGGUCAGUUGUAUAUAAAAAGUGAACUGGACCGUGAACUUCAAGACAGAUAUGUCUUACUGGUUGUUGCUUCUGACAGAGCUGUGGAGCCCCUCAGUGCUACUGUGAACGUUACUGUAAUUUUAGAAGAUGUAAAUGAUAACAGACCUCUUUUUAACAGCACCAACUACUCGUUUUAUUUUGAAGAGGAGCAGAAAGCUGGGUCAUUUGUGGGCAAAGUAAGUGCUGUAGAUAAAGACUUUGGGCCAAACGGAGAAGUAAGGUAUUCAUUUGAAACGGUGCAGCCAGAUUUCGAGUUGCAUGCUCUUAGUGGGGAGAUUACAAACACUCAUCAGUUUGACAGGGAGUCUCUUAUGAGGCGCAGGGGGACUGCAGUGUUUAGCUUUACAGUCAUUGCCACAGACCAGGGGCUCCCACAGCCUCUCAAGGAUCAGGCCACUGUCCAUGUUUACAUGAAGGAUAUAAACGAUAACGCUCCCAAAUUUGUAAAAGACUUUUACCAAGCUACGAUAUCAGAGUCUGCGGCCAACCUGACACAGGUUUUAAGAGUAUCUGCCUCAGAUGUUGAUGAAGGUAAUAAUGGACUCAUCCAUUAUUCUAUAGUGAAAGGAAAUGAAGAAAGACAGUUUGCUAUAGAAAGUACCUCUGGCCAAGUGACCCUAAUUGGCAAAUUAGACUAUGAAGCGACACCUGCCUAUUCCCUUGUAAUUCAAGCAGUGGAUUCGGGGGCAGUCUCCCUCAAUUCAACCUGCACCUUAAAUAUUGAUAUUUUGGAUGAAAAUGACAAUACCCCCUCUUUCCCUAAAUCAACACUCUUUGUUGAUGUUUUGGAAAACAUGAGAAUCGGUGAGCUCGUGUCCUCUGUUACUGCCACGGAUUCAGAUUCCGGUGACAAUGCUGACCUGCACUACAGCAUUACUGGGACUAACAACCAUGGGACUUUCAGCAUUAGCCCCAACACUGGGAGUAUUUUUCUUGCCAAGAAAUUGGACUUUGAAACACAGUCUUUGUACAAAUUAAACAUCACAGCGAAAGACCAAGGGAGGCCUCCUCGCUCAUCUACAAUGUCAGUGGUUAUCCACGUGAGGGACUUCAAUGACAACCCUCCCAGCUUUCCUCCUGGGGAUAUUUUCAAGUCUAUUGUUGAGAACAUUCCCAUCGGUACGUCCGUCAUUUCAGUGACUGCCCACGACCCCGAUGCCGACAUUAAUGGGCAGCUAGCCUACACGAUCAUCCAACAGAUGCCGAGGGGCAGCCACUUUGGCAUAGAUGAAGUCAAAGGCACGAUCUACACCAGUGCUGAAAUAGACCGGGAAUUUGCUAACCUCUUUGAGUUAACUGUCAAAGCCAACGACCAAGCUGUGCCUAUAGAAACUAGAAGGUAUGCUUUGAAAAACGUGACCAUUUUGGUGACAGACCUCAAUGACAAUGUUCCAGUGUUCAUAUCCCAGAACGCCCUCGCUGCAGACCCUUCGGCUGUGAUUGGCUCUGUGCUGACCACCGUCAUGGCUGCCGACCCAGAUGAAGGUGCCAACGGAGAGGUGGAGUACGAGAUCAUCAAUGGGGACACAGACACCUUUGUGGUAGACCGUUUCAGUGGGGACUUGAGAGUGGCCUCAGCGCUGGUGCCUUCACAGCUGAUCUAUAACCUCAUCGUUUCAGCAACUGACCUUGGCCCGGAGAGGAGGAAGUCCACCACCGAGUUGACCGUCAUUCUGCAGGGCCUCGAUGGGCCUGUUUUCACUCAGCCCAAAUAUAUCACUAUUUUGAAGGAAGGGGAACCCAUUGGUACCAAUGUGAUAUCCAUAGAAGCAGCCAGCCCCAGAGGAUCGGAAGCCCCGGUGGAGUAUUAUAUUGUUGCGGUUCGUUGUGAAGAGAAAACCGUUGGGCGUCUCUUCACUAUUGGGCGACUGACUGGCAUGAUUCAGACAGCAGCCAUUCUGGACCGGGAGCAAGGAGCUUGCCUUUACCUGGUGGAGGUUUAUGCCAUAGAGAAAUCAACUGCUUUUCCCAGAACACAGAGAGCAGAGGUAGAAAUAACCCUUCAGGAUAUCAAUGACAAUCCACCCGUGUUUCCUACAGACAUGCUGGAUCUCACCGUGGAGGAGAACAUUGGAGAUGGCUCUAAGAUUAUGCAGCUCACAGCCAUGGAUGCUGACGAGGGUGCAAAUGCUCUCGUCACAUACACCAUCAUUAGUGGAGCUGAUGACAGUUUCCGCAUUGACCCUGAAUCUGGAGAUCUGAUAGCAACUAGGAGGUUGGACAGAGAACGCCGUUCCAAAUACUCCUUGCUGGUCCGUGCAGAUGAUGGUCUCCAGUCCUCAGAUAUGAGAAUCAACAUCACCGUCAGUGAUGUGAAUGACCACUCGCCCAAGUUCUCCAGGCCUGUGUACUCUUUCGACAUCCCAGAAGACACAACCCCAGGUUCUUUGGUAGCAGCUAUUUUAGCUACAGAUGAUGACUCUGGUGUGAAUGGAGAAAUUACAUAUAGUGUGAAUGAAGAUGAUGAAGAUGGCAUAUUUUUCCUGAAUCCAGUUACCGGAGUCUUUAAUUUGACUCGAAUAUUAGAUUAUGAAGCACAGCAAUAUUAUAUCCUCACUGUUCGAGCUGAAGAUGGUGGGGGACAAUUUACUACCAUCAGGGUUUAUUUCAAUAUACUAGAUGUAAAUGACAACCAACCUAUUUUCAGCUCGAGUUCAUAUAGCACAUCUUUAAUGGAGAAUCUACCUCUAGGAUCUACUGUUCUUGUGUUUAAUGUUACCGACGCAGAUGACGGCAUCAACUCCCAGUUGGCGUAUAGCAUUGCUUCAGGUGACAGCCUCGGGCAGUUUACAGUUGACCAGAACGGUGUGCUGACCGUCCUCAAAGCGUUGGACCGGGAAAGCCAGUCCUUUUACAACCUGGUCGUCCAGGUGCACGACCUGCCGCCUCUCCCGGCCUCCAGGUUCACCAGCACCGCUCAGGUCUCCAUUAUUCUGCUGGAUGUGAACGACAACCCACCGGCAUUUCUUUCCCCCAGACUGACGUACAUUCCGGAGAACACGCCCAUCGAUACCGUUGUUUUCAAAGCUCAGGCAACGGACCCGGACAGCGGCCCCAACAGCUACAUUGAGUACACCCUGCUGAACCCCUUGGGGAACAAGUUCAGCAUCGGGACCAUCGAUGGGGAAGUGAGGCUCACUGGCGAGCUGGACCGGGAAGAAGCUUCUAAUUAUACGCUAACGGUGGUGGCCACGGACAAGGGCCACCCGCCCCUCUCCUCGUCCUCAGAGGUCACGGUGAUGGUGCUGGACAUCAAUGACAACAACCCCGUCUUUGCGCAGGCUCUGUAUAAAGUGGAGAUUAAUGAGAACACACUCACAGGAACAGAUAUAAUACAGGUACAUGCCGCAGAUGGAGAUGAAGGCACGAACGGACAGGUUCGCUAUGGCAUCGUGGAUGGCAAUGCCAAUCAGGAAUUUCGGAUCGACUCUGUCACAGGAGCCAUCACUGUGGCUAAGCCGCUGGAUAGAGAGAAGACCCCUACGUACUCUCUAACUAUUCAGGCAGCAGAUCGGGGCAGCACCCCUAGAACAGAUACCUCCACGGUCAGCAUCGUGCUGUUGGAUAGCAAUGAUUUUGUCCCCGUAUUUGAGCUAUCUCCAUACUCCAUACAUGUCCCUGAGAACUUAGGGACACUACCCAGAACAAUCCUUCAGGUGGUGGCGAGAGAUGAUGACCAAGGUUCUAACAGCAAACUCUCCUACGUCCUGUUUGGUGGCAAUGAAGACAGUGCCUUCACUCUCUCAGACAGCGGGGAGCUCCGAGUGACACAGAGUUUGGACCGUGAGACCAAGGAGCAUUUUGUGUUGACGGUCACAGCUACAGAUUCGGGGUCCCCUGCCCUGACUGGAACUGGAACAAUCAAUGUCAUCGUAGAUGAUGUCAAUGACAACGUCCCCACUUUUGCCAGUAAGUUGUACUUUACGAUUCCCGAAGAUGCACCGACAGGAACAGACGUCCUAUUGGUCAAUGCCUCAGACGCGGACACAUCAACCAACGCCAUCAUUAGUUAUAGGCUCAUCGGUGGAAACUCUCAGUUCACCAUCAACCCAUCCACAGGACAGAUCAUCACCAGUGCGCUGCUGGACAGGGAGACGAGAGAAAAUUAUACCUUAGUGGUGGUUUCCAGUGAUGCUGGGUCCCCGGGGCCUCUUUCCAGUUCCACCAGCGUGCUGGUCACCGUGACUGAUGUCAAUGACAAUCCACCAAGAUUUCAACAUCACCCAUAUGUCACACACAUCCCAUCGCCCACUCUUCCAGGUGCCUUCGUCUUUGCGGUUACAGUCACGGAUGCUGACAUCGGACCCAAUUCUGAGCUGCAUUACUCUCUGUCGGGGAGAAACUCUGAGAAAUUUCACAUCGACCCGCUGCGGGGAGCUAUCAUGGCAGCCGGGCCGUUGAAUGGGGCUUCGGAAGUGACAUUCUCUGUCCAUGUGAAAGACGGCGGCUCGUUUCCAAAGACGGAUUCCACCACGGUGACUGUUAGGUUUGUGAACAAGGCAGAUUUCCCCAAAGCCAGGGCCAAAGAACAGACUUUCAUGUUUCCUGAGAACCAGCCGGUCGGCACGCAGGUCACCACUGUCACGGGGUCCUCCCUGAGAGGGGAACCUUUGUCUUAUUACAUCGCAAGUGGGAACCUUGGCGGCACAUUCCAGAUUGAUCAGUUAACGGGGCAGGUGUCCAUUAGUCGGCCUCUGGAUUUUGAAAAGAUGCAAAAGUAUGUGGUGUGGAUAGAGGCCAGAGAUGGAGGUUUCCCUCCUUUCUCCUCUUAUGAGAAACUCGACAUAGCCGUAUUAGAUGUCAACGAUAAUGCCCCGAUUUUUAAGGAAGAUCCAUUCGUAGCUGAAAUAUUGGAAAACCUUUCUCCUCGAAAAAUACUUACUGUCUCAGCAACGGACAAGGACAGUGGGCCCAAUGGACAGUUAGAUUAUGAUAUUGUUAAUGGCAACAAAGAACACAGUUUCAGCAUCGAUCAUGCCACUGGGGAAAUUAGAAGCAUCCGGCCUCUAGACAGGGAAAAGGUGUCCCAGUAUGUGCUCACCAUAAAGUCCUCAGACAAAGGCUCCCCUUCUCAGAGCAGCUCAGUCAAGGUCAUCAUUCACAUUUUAGAUGAAAAUGAUAAUGCCCCAAGGUUUUCUCAGAUCUUUAGUGCCCAUGUUUCUGAAAACUCCCCACUAGGAUACACAGUUACACGUGUCACGACUUCUGAUGAAGACACUGGGGUAAAUGCCAUCAGCAGAUAUUCUAUCAUGGACACGAGCCUCCCAUUUACCAUUAAUCCCAGCACAGGGGAUAUUGUCAUUAGUAGACCUUUAAAUAGAGAAGAUACCGACCGUUACAGAAUCCGAGUCUCUGCACAUGAUUCCGGCUGGACUGUAAGUACAGAUGUCACGAUAUUUGUGACAGAUGUCAAUGACAAUGCUCCGAGAUUUAGCAGGCCCUCCUAUUAUUUAGAUUGCCCCGAACUUGCUGAAAUCGGCUCCAGAGUGACGCAGGUGUCCGCAACCGAUCCUGAUGAGGGGUCAAAUGGACAAGUGGUUUAUUUUAUAAAAUCUCAGUCAGAGUAUUUCAGGAUUAAUGCCACCACAGGAGAGAUUUUCAAUAAACAGAUCUUGAAAUACCAAAACGUCAGCGGCUUCAGUAACGUGAACAUCAACAGACACAGUUUCAUAGUGACAUCUUCCGACCGAGGUAAUCCUUCCCUCCUCAGCGAGACCACCGUCACCAUCAACAUCGUGGAUAGUAAUGACAAUGCACCCCAAUUUCUUAAAAGUAAAUAUUUCACUCCGGUCACCAAAAACGUGAAAGUUGGUACCAAGUUAAUCAAAGUUACUGCAGUAGACGAUAAAGAUUUCGGGUUGAAUUCUGAAGUGGAGUAUUUUGUGUCCGGUGAAAAUCAUUUGGGGAAAUUUAAGUUGGACAAUAACACAGGGUGGAUUUCCGUAGCGUCUUCCCUCAUCUCUGACUUGAAUCAAAACUUUCUGAUCACUGUCACUGCCAAGGAUAAAGGAAACCCUCCACUUUCAUCCCAAGCAACGGUUCAAAUCAUUGUCACGGAGGAAAACUACCACACUCCGGAAUUCUCUCAAAGCCACAUGAGUGCCACCAUCCCAGAAAGCCACAGCGCUGGGGCCGUUGUCAGAACGGUUUCUGCAAGAGACAGAGAUGCAGCGAUGAAUGGCCUGAUUCGAUACAGCAUUUCUUCCGGAAAUGAAGAGGGCAUUUUUGCCAUCAAUUCCUCCACAGGUGUCUUGACGCUAGCCAAAGCUCUUGAUUACGAGCUCUGCCAGAAACAUGAGAUGACUAUCAGUGCUACUGAUGGCGGGUGGGUGGCAAGGACAGGUUACUGCAGUGUGACUGUCAAUGUGCUCGAUGUGAAUGACAAUUCUCCAGUGUUCCUCCCUGAGGAGUAUUUCCCCACUGUUUUGGAAAAUGCCCCAAGCGGGACCACCGUUAUCCACCUCAAUGCAACGGAUGCUGACUCUGGCACCAACGCUGUGAUUGCAUACACUGUACAGUCAUCUGACAGCGACCUCUUUGUCAUUGACCCCAACACGGGCGUCCUCACCACUCAAGGCUUCUUGGAUUUUGAAACCAAGCAGAGCUACCACCUCACUGUGAAAGCUUUCAAUGUCCCCGAUGAGGAAAGGUGCAGUUUUGCCACGGUUAAUGUACAAUUAAAAGGGACAAAUGAAUAUGUGCCUCGCUUUGUUUCCAAACUCUACUAUUUUGAAAUCUCAGAAGCGGCUCCUAGAGGUACGAUUGUUGGAGAAGUCUUUGCCAGUGACCGGGACUUGGGCGUUGACGGGGAGGUACAUUAUUUGAUUUUUGGAAACAGUAGGAAGAAGGGUUUCCAGAUCAAUAAGAAGACUGGACAGAUUUACGUGUCUGGACUUCUUGACAGAGAGAAAGAAGAAAGGGUAUCUUUGAAGGUAUUGGCCAAGAAUUUUGGCAGCAUUCGGGGUGCAGACAUAGAUGAGGUCACUGUGAAUAUCACUGUGCUCGAUGCCAAUGACCCGCCCAUCUUCAGUUUAAAUGUCUACAGCGUUCAGAUCAGCGAAGGGGUCCCGACAGGAACGCACGUGACCUUUGUCAGCGCCUUUGACUCAGACUCGGUCCCCAGCUGGAGCAGGUUCUCUUACUGCAUCGGGUCAGGGAACGAAAACGGCGCCUUUUCCAUCAACCCGCAGACGGGCCAGAUCACGGUAACUGCGGAGCUGGAUCGAGAGACCCUCCCCGUCUAUAACCUGACCAUGCUGGCUGUUGAUUCAGGGACCCCCUCCGCCACAGGGAGCGCCACUCUCUUAGUCACCCUGGAAGACAUAAACGACAACGGGCCGCUGCUGGCCAUCCGGGAAGGAGAAGUUAUGGAAAACAAACGCCCGGGCACCCUGGUGAUGACCCUUCAGUCCACCGACCCGGACCUCCCUCCCAACCAAGGCCCCUUCACCUACUACCUGCUGAGCACGGGGCCCGCCACCAACUAUUUCAGCCUGAACACCGCCGGCGUGCUGAGCACCACCAGGGAGAUCGACCGGGAGCAGAUCGCAGACUUCUACCUGUCCGUGGUCACCAGGGACUCCGGGGUGCCUCAGAUGUCCUCCACGGGGACCGUGCACAUCACCGUGGUGGACCAGAACGACAACCCCUCCCAGCCUCGGGCGGUGGAGAUCUUUGUUAACUACUACGGCAACGUGUUCCCCGGGGGGCUGCUGGGCUCUGUGAAGCCGCAGGACCCCGAUGUGCUGGACACCUUCCACUGCUCCCUGACCUCGGGGGUGACCAGCCUCUUCAGCGUCCCCAGGGGCACGUGUGACCUGCAUUCCCAGCCGAGGUCCACCGACGGCACGUUCGACCUGACCGUCCUCAGCAGCGACGGCGUCCACAGCGCGGUCACCAGCAGCAUCCGCGUCUUCUUCGCCGGCUUUUCCAACGCCACCAUCGACAGCAGCAUCCUCCUGCGGCUCAGCGUGCCGUCGGUGAGGGACUUCCUGACCAACCACUACCUUCCCUUCCUGCGCAUCGCGGGCUCGCAGCUCACGGGCCUGGGCACCGCCGUGCAGCUCUACGGGGCCUACGAGGAGGACAACCGGACCUUCGUCUCCGCGGCCGUGAAGCGGGGCCACAACCAGUACGUGAACCCCAGCGGGGCGGCCACCUUCUUCGAGAGCAUCAAAGAGGUGCUCCUCCGGCAGAGCGGGGUGAGGGUGGAGUCCGUGGACCACGACCCGUGCGCCCGCGGGCCGUGCCAGAACGGGGGCAGCUGCCUCCGGAGGCUGGCCGUGAGCCCCGCGGUCCGGAGCCACGAGAGCCUCCCGGUCAUCGUCGUGGCCAACGAGCCUCUGCAGCCGUUCCUGUGCCAGUGCCUGCCGGGCUACGCGGGCAGCGGGUGCGAGACCGACAUCGACGAGUGUCUCCCGUCCCCUUGCCACAACGGCGGCACCUGCCACAACCUGGUGGGAGGGUUUUCCUGCAGCUGCCCCGACGGCUUCACCGGGAGGGCCUGCGAGCGAGAUGUCAACGAGUGCCUGCCCAGCCCUUGUAAGAACGGCGCCGUCUGCCAGAACUUCCCCGGGGGCUUCCACUGCGUCUGCAAAACCGGGUACACAGGGAAAAUGUGUGAAUCUUCAGUCAAUUACUGUGAAUGCAACCCCUGCUUUAAUGGUGGUUCCUGCCAGAGUGGUGUGGAGUCCUACUAUUGCCACUGUCCCUUUGGUGUGUUUGGAAAACACUGCGAGUUGAAUAGUUACGGAUUUGAGGAGUUAUCUUACAUGGAAUUUCCCAGCUUGGACCCCAAUAACAACUAUAUUUAUGUCAAAUUUGCGACGAUUAAAAGUCAUGCUUUAUUGCUUUACAACUAUGACAACCAGACAGGAGACCGGGCUGAGUUUUUGGCCCUUGAAAUUGCUGAAGAGAGACUAAGAUUCUCUUACAAUUUAGGCAGCGGAACAUAUAAACUCACCACCAUGAAGAAGGUGUCAGAUGGACAUUUUCACACCGUGAUUGCCAGGAGAGCGGGAAUGGCAGCUUCCUUAACUGUGGACUCCUGUUCUGAGAACCAAGAACCAGGAUACUGCACUGUCAGCAACGUGGCCAUCUCAGAUGACUGGACUCUUGACGUUCAGCCAAAUCGAGUCACGGUUGGAGGUAUCAGAUCCCUAGACCCAGUUCUUCAGAGGAGAGGGCACGUGGAAAGCCAUGAUUUCAUUGGGUGCAUCAUGGAGUUUGCAGUGAACGGAAGGCCUCUGGAACCCAGCCAAGCUCUGGCUGCUCAAGGCAUCCUAGACCAAUGCCCCAGACUGGAAGGCGCAUGUACUCGCAGCCCCUGCCAGCACGGCAGCACGUGCACGGAUUACUGGUCAUGGCAGCAGUGUCACUGCAGAGAGGGGCUGACCGGCAAAUACUGUGAAAAAUCUGUCACUCCUGACACUGCCCUGUCAUUGGAAGGCAAAGGGCGCUUGGACUACCACAUGAGCCAGAAUGAGAAGCGGGAGUAUCUGUUAAGACAGAGCAUCCGAGGGGCCACGGUGGAGCCUUUUGGUGUGAACAGUCUGGAAGUAAAGUUCAGGACAAGAAGCGAGAAUGGCAUUUUAAUCCAUAUCCAAGAAAGCAGCAAUUAUACUACAGUGAAGAUUAAGAAUGGCAAAGUCCAUUUUACAUCAGAUGCAGGAAUUGCUGGGAAAGUGGAGAGAAAUAUUCCUGAAGUGUAUGUAGCUGAUGGCCACUGGCAUACUUUUCUAAUCGGAAAAAAUGGAACAGCCACAGUACUGUCCAUCGACAGGAUAUACAACAGAGAUAUUGCCCACCCUACCCAGAAUUUCGGUGGCCUCGAUGUGCUCACUAUAUCCCUUGGAGGAAUUCCACCCAAUCAAGCUCAUCGAGAUGCUCAAACAGGUUUCGACGGCUGCAUCUCCUCCGUGCUGUACGGGGGCGAGAGCCUGCCUUUCAGCGGGAAGCACAGCUUGGCCUCCAUCUCCAAGACGGACCCCUCGGUGAAGAUCGGCUGCCGGGGGCCCAACAUCUGCGCCAGCAACCCCUGCUGGGGCGACCUGCUGUGCAUCAACCAGUGGUACGCCUACAAGUGCGUGCCCCCGGGGGACUGCGCCUCGCACCCGUGCCAGAACGGGGGCAGCUGCGAGCCGGGCCUGCACGCGGGCUUCACCUGCAGCUGCCCGGAGUCGCACACGGGCAGCACCUGCGAGACGGUGGUGGCUUGCCUGGGCGUCGUGUGCCCGCAGGGGCGCGUGUGCCAGGCCGGCAGCCCCGGAGGAGGAGGAGGAGGAGGGCACGUCUGUGUGCUGGGCCCGGGCCCGGAGGAGCUCUCCCUGCCGCUGUGGGCCGUGCCCGCCAUCGUGGGGAGCUGCGCCACCGUGCUGGCCCUCCUGGUCCUCAGCCUCAUCCUCUGCAACCAGUGCCGGGGCAAGAGGGCCACCAAGCCCCCCAAGGACGAGAAGAAGCAGCAGCCUCCCAAGGAGAAGAAGAAGAAGAAGAAGAAAAAGGGGAGCGAGAACGUGGCCUUCGACGACCCGGACAACAUCCCCCCUUACGGGGACGACAUGACGGUGAGGAAGCAGCCCGAGGGGAACCCCAAGCCGGACAUCAUCGAGCGGGAGAACCCCUACCUCAUCUACGACGAGACCGACCUCCCCCACAACCACAGCGCGGCCGCCGCCGCCAGCGAGACCCUGCCCAGCGCCCCGCUGGCCUCCCCGGAGCAGGAGAUGAUGCUGGAGCACUACGACAUCGACAACGCCAGCAGCAUCGCGCCCUCGGACGCCGACAUCGUCCAGCACUACAAGCAGUUCCGCAGCCACACGCCCAAGUUCGCCAUCCAGCGGCACAGCCCGCUGGGCUUCGCGCGCCAGUCCCCGCUGCCCCUGGGCGCCAGCAGCCUCACCUACCAGCCCGCCUACGGCGGCCCGGGCCUGCGGACCAGCUCCCUGAGCCACUCGGCCUGCCCCACGCCCAACCCCCUGUCCCGCCACAGCCCCGCGCCCUUCUCCAAGUCCUCCACCUUCUACCACCGCAGCAGCCCGGCCCGCGAGCUGCACCUGCCCCCGGGGGUGCGCGAUCGGGACGGCACCGUGGCCGAGAUGCACGGGGACGCCUGCCAGCCGGGCCUUUUCAACUACCCCACGCGGCUGGGGAGGAGGAGCAAGAGCCCCCAGGCCCUGGCCCCCCCGCACGGCUCCAGGCCCGGGAGCCGCCUGAAGCAGCAGCAGCAGCAGCAGCAGCAGCAGCCCAUGGGCCAGAUGCCGCUGGAGUCCUCCCCGCCCGUGGGACUGUCCAUCGAGGAGGUGGAGAGGCUCAACACCCCGCGCCCCAGGAACCCGAGCAUCUGCAGCGCGGACCACGGCCGCUCCUCCUCCGAGGAGGACUGCCGCAGGCCGCUGUCCCGGACCCGGAACCCCGCCGACGGCAUCCCGGCCCCGGAGUCGUCCUCCGACAGCGACUCGCACGAGUCCUUCACCUGCUCGGAGAUGGAGUACGACCGGGAGAAGCCGAUGGUCUACACGUCCAGGAUGCCCAAGUUGUCCCAGGUCAACGAGUCGGAUGCCGACGACGAGGACAACUACGGCGCCAGGCUGAAGCCCAGGAGGUACCAUCACCACGGCCACGGCCGCAGGGCCGAGGGGGCGCCCGUGGGCGCGCAGGCCCCCGCGGCGGCCGCCGACAGCACCCUGCCCCUGAAGCUGGGGCAGCAGGCAGGGAAUUUCAACUGGGACAACCUCUUGAACUGGGGCCCCGGCUUCGGGCACUAUGUGGACGUGUUUAAAGACCUGGCAUCUCUCCCAGAAAAGGCAGCGGCCAGCGAGGACGGCAAAAGCGGGACGAGUCAGCCUGUCCCCAAAGACGGGGAAGCAGAACAGUAUGUGUGAGCGACCGGUGAGGGGGGCAGGACACAAAGACAGAGACACAAGGGGUGGCCCAGAGGCCCUCAGGGCAGGGCGGGUCGUGUUUGCAAAGCCGGCCAGGAAGGACUGACAGGUGCUGGAGGGAGACUGAAAAAUAAUAACCACAAUGCUGCUGAAACCGGCUCGGAACAGCUCUCUCUCUAUUCAUGUAAACGCGCUCCGUGGAGUUUAUGGUCCUGCAUGCAUGCUGCGUGUGGUGUGACUCGUGAUAGGGGCGCAGCAUUCGGAAGGGUUUUCUUUCUUACUUUUGACCAAGGCCCCGCGGUGUGACUUUGAACAUGACUCCCAUGGCCAUUGCAGACAUGAACCUGUCGCUGUCACGGUGGGGUUGUGUAUUGUUGCCGUUGUGUUGCUAUUGUUAUGUUUUUGCAUUGCCAGACCCCUGAGGUUCAACCAAUCCUUGUAGCUUUGUAGCCAAGAGCCCUCCUCAUACCCCUUGAACGAAAGACUAAGUAUUAACACUUUUCAGGAUCAUAGUCUCCCUAUUCGAUGCUUAUCGAGAACGUCUGAGGGUUUGGAAUACCUUGUAUAUGACCUUGGGUACUAAAAUGAAGUCACAUGGUGUUCAGCACUUUAGAACUUUCUUACGGAAAUUGAGUUAAAACUUCUGAAUCUUUUCUGUGUAAAACAGGGGUGCUCGUAUUUUCAUGAGGCGUCCGCUAAGGAGCAAAGUGAUUGCAUGUUGUCCCAGAACCCUGCCGCCUGCUGCCGUGGAAUAAGGCCCAGCCGCGCCUCUCAGAGACACUUUUGAAAGUUAUUUAUUAAAAAAAAUGUUCUAUGCUUUUAAAUUUUUAAAGAUUUGACCUAAGCAAAGCCUAUGAUUGGACAUACUUUUCAACCAGUUAGCAUUUACCCCAAGUACCCAGUUUUUAUAAUUUAUAUAGAGUCAAAUUUCAUCACUUCUUGCUUUCUGUCAUUUUGUAGAUCAUUUUUUAAUACCUUGUAAAAACGUGUUUUGUGUUUUUGGGUUGUUUUUUUUUUUUACACCUAAGCUGUGUUUUUGAUACUGAUAUUUUCUUAUGCUGAAUAGUUUUCUUACUUUCUGGGAAGGUAAGAAAAUACUUUUUUUACAUUUGUUACUUAUGUAACGUUCAUAUUUUUCACAUUUUUGAUAUUUGUAACAUACUGUAUGCUUUCUACUUGUAAAAUGCCAACAAUAGAAUUAAAAUAUUUAUUUAAAAUA